GUUUUAAACGCGGCUAGGAAAAUAUUAUGUUAAAAUUCAGCCUAUAAAUAGAAGUCUUCAUUAGUAGAUGAAUCACAACUCAGGUAGCUUAAUUCCUUAGCAAUUGUGUAAUCAUGAAGAAGCACAUAUUGCUCUUAUCUUUCUGUUUGCUUCCUUUUGUCACCUUUUCAUACAAUCAUAUUGAGUUACCAACCACUAAAAAUGAUCUUCCCCCUGUGAUAUUUCUAGUACGUGAUGUGAAUGGUGAAGCACUUCAAGUUGGUGCAACUUACCGUAUCAUUUCCCCUUUUUGGGGUGCAGCAGGUGGUGAUGUAUACCUAGGUCCCUCCCCUAAUUCAGAUGCCACUUGUCCAAAUGGCGUGUUCCGUUACAUCUCCGGUCGUGGACGUAGCGGUACACCCGUGACAUUCACCAAGUUCAAUUAUACAGGAUCAUCAGAAUCAGGUAUCCAUGUAACUGAGGAUAUUAACAUCCAAUUCGACAAUGCAUCUUCCAAACUUUGUGGUAAUAAUACAACCUGGAGAGUUGGGGACUUCGAUGUAUUUCAAGGAGCGCGAUUAUUGGAGACCGGUGGAACAAUAAUAGGUAGUUGGUUCAAGAUAGUGAAAGCACCACAAUCACCAAUAGACAGGGAUAUUUACGUGUUAUUGAACUGUCCUGGUCCAUUGGUUUGUCCAUCUUGCCCUAUCGAUGAGUGUCAAUCAGUGGGUGUGGUUCUCCAAGAAGGAAAGAGGCGUUUGGCUCUCGUGAGAGACGAGCCUCUUCGUGUUCAAUUCAGCAAAGUCUAGUUGACAAAGCCUGCUGCUAUGUGCUACUCUAUGUUUUAGCAUGGCUAGAUCUCUAAGUGAUCCUGCAGCUACUAUAUGUUUUAGCAUGGCUAGAUCUCUAAGUGAUCCUGCAGCUACUAUGUUUUAGCAUGUUAGCUUUCUAAAUAAAUCUUUGCUAUAUUUUAGCAUUGCUUUCUAAGUA